AUGAGGGCGCUGCAGCUUGUUGCAAUCGUUGUAUUAUGUAAUCAAGGAGAGGCGCUUGGCACCAAUGGACUUAGAAAUUCCUUUUUCGAGACAUUCCCGGAGGAUGUGCAAGGUAUGAGAGUGGCGUUUGAUAUUCAAUAAUAAGCUCAAUAAGGUGUCUAAAGUGAUGUCAUCAUGAAAAUACUAUUAAUUGUCGAUCUAAGAUCAUCUUGAACCAUCACUUUUAAAUCAAUAUCAUCAAUAAUUCCAGCCUCAAUUCGCGCCCAUGUCCCCGAUUUACUGGCCAGACUCAACAAAUACGAAAUCCGUCAUCUCCUCAAGCUGAUUCAUGUCCGAACUGACAGUCAGCGGCUUCGAAUCCUCUCCAGAUACCCCACUCUGUACAAGAAAGUCAUUGGGUAUGCGGUGGAUUGCGUGGCCAAGAUACGAAGAAUGAAAUCGGAAACAAAAAAAGUGCUGGAAACGGUAGGGAUUAUACGGUUGCACUUUUUAUAUACGAAUCGUCUACGGAUGGCAUCAUGAACAAUGCGAGACUUGGGUAAACAUGUGCAUUGUAGUUGUUCCUUGUAAUUCCGGACCUUGUGCUGCGCCCGGAGAGGACCGAAACCCGAGAAAAGACGCUCCGAUUCUUUGAUGACUACGACAAUAUCAAUGAAAGAGACAGGCAAGUCAUCCGCGAACUCUUCCCUAACAUCGAUACUCUUCGCAAUGGCCUCUCAAGACAUUAUUCUAAUUUUUUGGAAUGA